AUGUCUCUCCAUCCCCCUUCUCAUCUUAUCUGCGCGGGAAAGACUGGAUCAAUAAAUGUGCAACGUCACUGUAUAUUUAAACUGAAUUUUACUCUCUCUCUCUCUCUCUCUCUCUCUCUCUCUCUCUCUCCCUCCCUCUCACUCUUUUUCUUUGUCUGUCUAUACGCGUAUCUAUCUAUCUAUCUAGCUAUAUCAGUCUGUUCGUAUCUCUCUCUCUUUCUCUCUCUCUCUCUCUCUAUCUAUCUAUCUAUCUAUCUAUCUAUCUAUCUAUCUAUCUAUCUUCUAUCUAUCGAAGUUUGUUCGUAUCUAUCUAUCUUUUUUCAAUUCUCUGGUCGUAUCUAUCUAUCUAUCUAUCUAUCUAUCUAUCUAUCUAUCUAUCUAUCUAUCUAUCUAUCUAUCUAUCAGUCUGUUCGUAUCUAUCAUUUUCCAAUUCGUUCUUUUUCCGCCUUCACAUUUAAUUCAUUUAUAAAUUUUUCUUCUUAA